AUGGAUCGAAGGACGCCUUAUUCCCUGAGCGUGCUGCAACCGCAAACCGACGGGCCAGAUGAAGCCAGAAGCAACAUCCAGGCCCAGCUACGAGAAUUUAUCCUUGCUUUCCAGAUCGAUAAUACCUUCGUCUACCGAGAUCAAAUCAGACAAAAUGUCCUUGUCAACAGAUACUUGUGCGAUGUCGAUGUCGCACAUUUGAUCGCAUAUAACGAAGAGCUUGCCCACAGGCUUACGACUAAUCCACAAGACACGAUUCCCUUAUUUGAAGCUGCCCUGAAGCAAUGCACACAGAAGAUCGUCUAUCCGUCUCAGAGGGACAUCGAACUGCCAGAGCACCAGCUCCUUCUCCAUUCGAGUGUAUCUCUCAUUUCUAUAAGAGAUCUCAAUGCCUCGAACGUAUCCAGCCUGGUCCGCAUACCUGGGAUAGUUAUUGGUGCAUCGACCAUUUCAUCAAAAGCGACAGUUGUCCACAUUCAAUGCCGGCACUGCCAGGAACCCGAUAACAUUGUUGUAGAGGGAGGGUUCUCUGGCCUUACUUUACCACGAACAUGCAAAAGAAUGAGACAACCGAACGAGGACAAGUGCCCCAUUGAUCCCUACUUUAUCGUACACGAGAAGUGCCAAUUCGUGGAUCAACAAAUUAUUAAGCUUCAGGAAGCCCCUGACCAGGUUCCAGUGGGAGAGCUGCCACGACAUAUAUUAAUUUCCGCAGAUAGAUACCUUGCCAACCGGGUGGUUCCGGGUACACGAUGUACGAUCAUGGGCGUGUUCUCGAUUUACCAAGCGAAAGGUGGUAAAAAGUCCAAUGAUUCAGCGCCCGCUAUAAGGAAUCCAUACCUCCGAGCAGUUGGUAUCAUGAGUGACGUUGAUCAGACUGCCAAGGGGGCUGGUGUAUUUACCGAAGAGGAAGAGCAGGAGUUCUUGGAGAUGAGCAGACGACCUGAUUUAUAUGAAGUGUUUACUGACUGUAUCGCACCGUCAAUUUACGGUAACCGAGAUAUUAAAAAGGCGAUUGCAUGUCUGCUCAUGGGCGGUUCAAAGAAGAUACUGCCCGAUGGCAUGAAACUACGUGGUGAUAUCAAUGUUCUCCUUCUUGGUGAUCCGGGUACUGCCAAAUCACAGCUGUUGAAGUUUGUGGAGAGAGUAUCGCCAAUUGCCAUCUACACAUCCGGUAAGGGAUCCUCUGCCGCUGGUCUUACUGCCUCGGUCCAGCGUGAUGCGACCACCCGCGAAUUCUAUCUGGAAGGUGGUGCGAUGGUGCUCGCUGAUGGAGGCGUUGUCUGCAUUGACGAGUUCGACAAGAUGAGGGACGAGGAUCGAGUUGCGAUCCACGAAGCGAUGGAGCAGCAGACAAUAUCCAUUGCCAAGGCAGGAAUCACGACUAUCUUGAACGCUAGGACAUCAGUCCUAGCUGCAGCCAACCCCGUGUUUGGGCGAUAUGACGACAUGAAAACAGCCGGGGAGAACAUUGACUUUCAGACGACCAUCCUGUCUCGAUUCGAUAUGAUUUUCAUUGUGCGUGAUGCACACGAGAGAGGGCGAGACCAGACCAUGGCUAAACAUAUCAUAAGCAUCCACCAAGGAGGGCGAGGGAUUGAGGAGCAAGCCGAGGCAGAAAUACCGCUUGAAAAGAUGAAGAGGUAUAUUAGUUACUGUAAAUCCCGUUGCGCUCCAAGACUCUCUCCAGAAGCCUCGGAGAAACUGUCGUCACACUUCGUCUCCAUUCGUAAGAGGGUGCAUCAAGCUGAGCUUGACGCUAAUGCGAGGUCGUCUAUACCAAUCACAGUACGUCAGCUUGAGGCCGUGAUACGUAUCACCGAAUCCCUGGCCAAAUUAUCACUUUCUCCCGUAGCGACGGAAGAGCAUGUCGAUGAGGCUGUACGACUGUUCCUGGCCUCGACCAUGGACGCUGCCGUGCAUGGGGAUGGCCAGGCAAGCAAGGAACUAUCCGCAGAAGUCAGCAAGAUCGAAGACGAACUCAAACGACGACUGCCUAUUGGAUGGACUACAAGCCUAGCCACCCUGCGGCGCGAAUUUGUGGAUGGUCGUAACUAUAACGAGCAGGCAUUAAAUCGAGCCUUAUUGGUCCUGCAACGAAGGGAUAGUAUACAGUUCAGAGCAGGAGGGGGUCAGAUCUAUAGAAGCGGGCCUUAG